AUGAUAGAUGGAAUGCAGAUAAAAAACAACUCGAGAGAACUGGCGACAUCAAUGGAAUUCUUAAAACAUUCAGAGAACUCAAGUAAACCAAAUAAAGAUGGUUCGCGAGAUGAAAUUGCACAAGACGAAGAAACCGGAUUGAUCCUGGUCAUGUCUGAUGAGUGGAGAGUUACAGGCCGUGGAAAAUUCAAACGUGCUAGAUCAGGUAAAGCGCAUCUUAAUACAGGAGUUCCACGAGCACGUUUACUUCGUCUGGGAAAAGCUGCGUAUUCUCAUAGGACACAAAGAAAUCGGUUGAAAAAACUUCUACCUUAUGCCUUUUAG